GGGCUGGGGCAGCGCCCGGAGAGCUCCGCUCUCGGUGCUAGGCCGUUGUUGGACCAUGAACCGGACCGCGACCCCACUGCUAGACCGCGAAGAACAUUGCCUGCGGCUCGGGGAGAGCUUCGAGAAGCGGCCGCGAGCCUCCUUCCACACCAUUCGCUAUGACUUUAAGCCAGCAUCUAUAGACACUUCAUGUGAAGGAGAGCUUCAGGCUGGCAAAGGAGACGAAGUCACAAUUACAUUGCCACAUAUCCCUGGAUCCACACCAUCAAUGACUGUGUUCAAGGGAAACAAACGGCCUUACCAGAAAGACUGUGUACUUAUUAUUAAUCAUGAUACUGGUGAAUAUGUGCUGGAAAAACUCAGUAGCAGCUUUCAGGUGAAGAAAACAAGAGCUGAGGGGAGCAGUAAAAUCCAGGCCCGAAUGGAACAGCAGCCCACUCGUACCCCACAGCCAUCACAGCCACCACCACCUCCACCACCUAUGCCAUUCAGAGCUCCAAUGAAGCCUCCAGUUGGAUCCAAAACUUCUCCCUUGAAAGAUAACCCCUCGCCUGAACCUCAGUUGGAUGACAUCAAAAGAGAACUGAGGGCUGAAGUUGACAUUAUUGAACAGAUGAGCAGCAGUGGGAGCAACUCCUCAGAUUCUGAGAGCUCUUCAGGAAGUGAUGACGAUAGCUCCAGCAGUGGAGGCAGGGACAAUGGCCCAGCCUCUUCUCCACAGCCAUCACACCAGCAGCCCUACAACAGCAGGCCUGCCAUUGCCAAUGGAACCAGCCCGCCACAAGGAAGCAACCAGCUUAUGAACACCCUCAGAAAUGACUUGCAGUUGAGCGAGUCUGGCAGUGACAGUGAUGACUAGCCCUGGAUCUUUGAAAAUCUACUUUUUGGUGCACAAACAUGCUGCAAGACCGGGCUGCUCUAGUGUGGAGUCCACUGCCAAGAGGAAAAUGUUAUGGA